AUGCAUCCACGCUCUAGACUUGGCAGGCCAUCUCCCAAGAGGAGUUUGUCAUGUGCGGGCCUAGAUGGUCUUGAUGAGCUAAUUCAUACUUCCGACAACGCACGCCCUUCUCGGAAUCGCAAACGUCGUCAAAGUCUUAGCUACUUCUCUGCAGCUAAUAGUGCAACGCCAAUUUCACCUUCUCGAGACGACUCCACCGUAGCGCAGGCAUCCUGUCCUGAGUCUAGCGCAGAUGACAAACUUCAAAAGGCUCCGUCUUCUUCAUUUGAAGAUAGGUGUCCACAAGCAUCUUCCGACCAUAUUCAGGCAAUUGAUUCUCGUUCCGAUAUCCAUGAUAACAAUUGUGAAGAGGAUGACAGCGAUGGUGCGAACGAAGAGUAUAAUGAUGAGGACGCCAGUUACAAUAGAAAUCACGACUAUUCGAGCAGUGGCCACGUUUCCGUGUCCAAUUUGGCGUUUGUGGAGCCCCAGGAUAUGUUUGAGAACAGGCUUAAGCUAAACCAUGAUGCGCUUACUGCAAAGUGUCUAGACCAUAACGUGUUCUUUCCGCCAUCGCAUCGCUCGUUGAGCAGCGAGUGCUCUCCACGAGAAGAAUUUCUUAUCCAGGCCUUUGGUUCCAGUGGCUUUAAGCUGCAUGGCGCCUCUGUAUCAAAUAACGAUGAUUCAGACGAGAGUCUCAGUGAUGAUAGCAGUAACAAUGGCAGGGAACAGAUAUCAUCUAGUCAAGAAGGAGCGAUUGCAGAUGCUGACACGGAGCUCAAGAUGUCUUUUAACGAACUUGAGGCUGACAUCCGUGGCGCGAUGCAUCAAAAUUCUUACCACCAGCAACAUUCGACAAGGCUUCCGGAACUCACGAGUUUGUCUCAUCAGUCAUUUGCACCGCCAUCGCACGGUUCUUUUGGGCUAAGCCGUAGUCCUAGCUUUCUUCGAAACACCCAGGAUAUCCAGCGUGUAUCAUUGUUCACCCCGCCACAGACCGCUCGUCCUCAUCUUUUGCCAAGCCAAGAAGAAUCCGAUUGUUCUCGAAGAGAACAGUAUCACCAAAGCCCUGUGUGUGCAUCAUCAUUGGAAAAUACACCUCAAAGCAAGGGAAGUGCUGGGAUUCACACAUCAACAAAAUGGCUUCGUGAUGAAGAUGAGCGUCUUCGUGAAGCAGUGGCUCGUUUUGGUGGUAAAAAUUGGAAAAUGAUCGCUGAAACGUUAGGAAAUGGCCGUACGGAUGUUCAGUGCCUUCACCGUUGGAACAAGGUACUUAAACCCGGUUUGAUCAAAGGACCGUGGACACCAGAAGAGGAUCGUAUCCUCACAAGUCUCAUCACUCGCUAUGGAGUAGGUAAGAUCCGUUGGUGUGACCUUGCUCUGCAUUUGCCAGGACGAAUCGGCAAGCAGUGUCGUGAGCGGUGGUGCAAUCAUCUUGAUUCCCGUAUUCGAAAGGGUCAGUGGACUCCCGAGGAGGACGAUAUGGUAUUUCGUUGGCAGCAGAAGUUGGGUAACAAAUGGAGUGAGAUUGCGAAACUACUUCCUGGGCGCACCGAAAAUGCUGUCAAGAACCGAUUCAACUCAGCAGCACGUCGCAAGUGGCUUAUGACUCAGGCUAAUAAGUCAUCAUGCAGCCCCUUAACGCAGACCACACCAGCAAGCCAGACUCAGGUUCUGCACGUUCAGCUUCAACAGCAAAAUCCAUUGCUGCAGUCACCUUCCACGCGUCAAGAGAGUGAUAUCUACAAUGUCAAUACAAAUCCGUACCGAGGCGCAAAUGUGUUACCCCUGCCAUCAUCUGAGGCAUUAUUGGAACACCAGACGGACAAGAUGAUUCCACCACUUGAACGUCAAAACUUCAUCCAGCACUAUUCGUCUCUAAACGUUCCACCUGCCAGUACAUUGCUACCGAGUGGUUUGGAUGAAACAAACAGCUUUUGUUCAGUCUUCCCCAUGGCGGACGAGCAAUGUUUUCAGCAGCAAGGCCAAGACAAAAGUGUAGAGGUCACGAAAGGUGACUUGACGCCAUUGACGACACCACCUACUUUCGUACCGCCUCCACUCGACUCUUUCUUCUCUUCCCCGAUGAGCAUUGGCACUGGUGCUAAUGGCAGUUUCCAUCAUCCAGAAAACGUAUCGGGUGGAGGUGAAACUUACAUUAGCCCAGUUAUUUCAUUCCCCGAUCAUCAUCUAGCUCAAGUGCACCACGCCCCGGUCAACGCUAUUUUGCUCCCAAAAAACACGCCUGACGAAUUUGCUGCUGAAACAAGUAUUGGGCUAUCACUUUUGCAAUUGAAGGAAGAGAAGGCGGAACAGUGUGAUUUUGUCCUUCAGGAUACUCCUGACGUCCCUGCAGCGAGCAGUGGGACUGAUCCAAGUGUUCACAUGGACGACGAAAACAUGAACAGCUUUCUUGACAGCGUCGCCCUUGAACUUGACGACAUCAUAGAGUGA